AUGGCUUUUCAAUUACAACUUUCUGGAGUAGUGUUGAAAAAUCUUUUUACCUCUGGUUUGAGGCCUGACGUUAAGGACCGAGCUUUGAAACAUCCCGAUUGGUUUAAGUGUUCUACGGUCGAGGAACGUCAAGCGGUCGCUUUACUGGCAUCAGAGCAAGUUAUGCAUGUCAGUGCUAAUCAUGCUUCCUUAGGGCAAUCUCAUUCUAUGCAACGAGCCGCCUCUUCACCUCCGGUUGUUCAAAUUCCUCGUGAUCCGAACGCUAUGGACGUGGAUAUCAAUGCCACCGAUUCUAGACGAACUUUUCCUCCGUUACCUAGUGGUGUUCAUUUUAGUUAUUUUGUGAAAUUCUGUCAUGCUAGAUCUAUGUGUCACAAAUGUUUGAAGCCUUACAAUUCGACUCACAAAGGUCCAGAUGGUAAGAGUCUUGGUUGUCCAAAUCCGCCACCUAAAACUACUCAAGAAAUCGAGGCAUUUAUGCAGCGAUAUCAGGCAAAGCCGCACUCUUCUGUUUCAGCUAUUUCAUCUUCACCUCAAAAGUCAAAUCCGGCUCGUUUUCAGCGACCAUCUUCUCAAUUGGUUCAGCAGCAAAGUUCACCGGUACCGCAAGCUUUUUCUCAACCUCCUAACGUUUCGUUAGGAUAUUAUCAACUUCGGGUGUCACGCCUUUACAUCAUCCUGGUUUACCUGCAGCUUUAG